UUUCACUUACUUUUAGAAAAAUAGUACAUAACAUUAAAAGCAUUUAAUAAAAAUUUAGAAAUUACUCAAAAAUCUUUUUAAAUUUUAUAUUAUGUGUCAUAAAUUAAACAUGGUAAAAGUAUGGAAAUUGGGUCUUAUAAGUUACGAUACUGCCUUUAAAAUCCAGUCAUCUAUAGCACGAAAACAUUUGGAUUCGAUGAGAAAAGGAAUAACUACGAACUAUGACACUCUGUUACUAGUCGAACACAAACCUGUCUACACUGUUGGUAUCAGAGAUGACACAUCAAAUGAUGAAAUUUUAAGGUUGCGCAGCUUAGGUGCUGAGUUCCGUAAAACAAACCGAGGCGGUCUUAUCACAUUCCAUGGACCAGGACAAUUAGUAGCAUAUCCCAUUAUAAACUUGAAACACUUUAGACCGAGUGUGAAGUGGUAUGUUCACAGCCUAGAAGAGACUGUUAUACAAAUGUGUGAAGUGUUAGGUAUAAAGGCAAGCAGAUCUCCUCAUACAGGAGUUUGGGUGGAGGACAAUAAAAUUGCAGCUAUUGGUAUCCAUGCGUCCAGAUAUGUCACAACCCAUGGUAUAUGUCUAAAUUGUAACAAUGAUUUGUCAUGGUUUGAUCAUAUUAACCCUUGCGGUAUUGAAGAUAAGGGUGUCACUUCGUUAACAAAAGAAACUGGUAAUGUGUGUAGUACAGAUCAAAUGACCCCAAUAUUUUUACAUAAGUUUGAAAAGGUAUUUGACUGUAAGUCUGUGGAGCUAGAGACGGAUGCUCAACGAGAAAUACUUAGUAGUGUUUAUAGUAAAUUGUUAUUAUAGUGUAUUGAUAUUGCACAAUAUUAUUAUUGAAUACAAAUUAAUAAUAAUAUUUGUUGCUAAGUUGUUAUUAAUUUAUUAGAGACUUCUUAUUGUUUAAAAAUAUGAUGAAA